UUUUAGCCUACUGUUGCCACCUCUACGUCAGCAGUAGUUCAGCCAUAAAUACCGGUCGAAAUGGAUCAGGAUUUCAGAUCUUCACCAUGAUCGGUAAACUUGCCAUUUCCCUGCUGCUGGUGGCUGUCGUCGCCGCGAAGGAGCUGAGGUGCCUGCCCGGAUCCUUCGAGUGCAAUGACGGAAAUUGCAUCCCAGAUCGCUACGUGUGCGAUGGAAUGGCCGACUGCAUGGGAGGCGAGGAUGAAGUCGACUGUUCCGACUGCCCUGAGGGAUACCUUCAUUGCAUAAGCGGGGACGUCUGUCUCCCUGAACACUGGGUCUGCGACGGAUACUAUGACUGCCCUGGCGGCGAAGACGAGGCCAACUGCACCACCACUAGCAUGCCUGGCUGCGACGAAGGAUACUACGAGUGCAACGGAGGCGGCUGCAUCCACAACAGGUUCCGUUGUGACAGUUUCUAUGACUGCCCUUCCGGAGAUGACGAGAGUGCCUGCACUGAGUGCAGCGCCGGCUUCCACUGCAAGGAAGACAUCUGCAUUCCCGAAUAUUAUCUCUGCGACGAAUUUGAAGACUGUCACCGCGGAGAAGAUGAGAUUGUGUGCGACUGCCAGGACACGGACUUCGUCUGCGGCAACGGGCACUGCAUCCCCCCCGACUGGCACUGCGACGGUUACUACGACUGCUUCGGCGGCGACGACGAGAUGAACUGCGGCACCAGUGACGCCCCCUCAGCUUACCAGGGCGAACGCAGGACCCGCACGCGCGCUCAGACCAGCUUCCUCCUCAAGCUGGCCAAGACCAAUCGCCGUUAAGGAACCUCUUCUGCUCUAACGUCGUUUCCAUCUGGCUUAGAACCGCUACCUUGAACCUUCUUAAAGAGGCAGAGAGAGAAAGAUAGAGUAUGUGAGAAGUAAAGAGAAAGAGAGUGAGAAAAUCUAAUUCUAAAGAGAAAAAUAUAUACAAAGAAAGAGAGAAAACCUUUAUUUUUAUUUUUUUUUUAGUCCAUCACACGUUCGGUUCGUCUUUAUAUUUUCUGUUACUUCGUCUCCACCUCACUGAGUACCGCCACAGUGAACCACUUUGUAACGACGCAUCUGAACCAUUCCCGAGAACCUGUGGGAAUAUGUGGUUUCAGAUUUCAGGCUCUGUUUUCCCGAAAUACGUUUUUCCUUUGUGUUUCAUAUAUAUAUAUAUAUUUUUUUUUCAUUAUUAUUUAUAUAUUUCCCUUUGUUUUAACUAUCUCUUUUCAAAAAGGAAAAAUAAUAAAAUGUAUGAAUUACAAUA